AUGGAGAAGUCCAAGGAAAUCUUUUACGACAAGGAGAAGAGGUUCUUUCUUCACCUGAUGAUAUAUGUGAGCAGGUUUUUUCUAAACGAUGAGGAGAUCGUCAUCUUUGAUUUGUUUGUCCACAAUGAAUGCCUCUACCUGGAGAAAGACAUAAUUAAUAGCAUCAACAUGAACGAGCAGAAGAUACGAAGCAUUCUCUCCAAACUGCUGAAGGAGAAAUUCAUCAUCCAAGUGCAGAAACUUAAAACUACGGAGAAGGGCUCUUCCUUCCAAUUGUAUUAUUGCCUCAAUAACUACAUCGUUUAUGUAAUCGAUUAUCGAGUUAGGAAGAUGGAGGUUCAGCUGAGGAAGGAUCGAAAUGACAGCGAUCUGUAUGUCUGCAAUUUCUGUAACGCGACUUACUCGCAGCUGGAUGCUCAGCUGCUCCCGCUGGACUCCUACGACGCCCACUUCCUCUGUUUCUGCAAUAAUAAGAUUGAGCUCAUCGAGAGGGACGAAAGCAGAAACGAUCGAAUCUACAGUCGGUACACCAAGUAUCUAAACAUCUUAAAGGAGCACACGGAGAAGCUAAAGAACUACUUCAUUCCCCUGUACACGGAGAAGUUUAGCAGGGUGGUGCCUAACUCUCUUCAAUGUCUCGAUAGGGACAACUCGUCAGACGAAUCCAUGACGAAUAACUCUUCUGAGUUGUCUCUUACGAAUAACUCCUCCCAGGUGUCUCAAAACACCCCCGGAGAGGCGUCCCAACAAAAGAGAGCAAAGAACGAAGAAACACUCACGGACACCUGCAGUAGCGUUAUCCGGUCAGACAAAAAAAUAAAAAUCUGUAUGAAUGUAAAGGGGAAAGCAGGAACGAAUCAAGUGGUAGCCCCGUCCACUGGAGGAAGGACCACUAGCCCUGGGAAGGACGAAGCGGAAGAUAAUAGUGAACGGGAGGGCCACAUCACUGGAAGGACAAAACAUAAGAGUGGUGACCUGGCCCAAGUGCAACAAAGUGCCAGCGAGAUGGUCGUGCUGAAGGGUCCCCAGAAGACCGAUGAGCCGGAAAUGCCCCUGUUCUUUAUAGAAAAAUUCAAUAAGAAAUUUUCGCUCAUUGAUGCCCAGAAACUGCAGCAAGAUAUGACUCAGGACGAAUUCGAACGCUUCAUGGAGUUGCAGGAUGAGUACCUGGACCUGAUUUGA